UUGAUUAAUAUUUUUGAGAAAUAAUACUUUUCUACAAUAGUUAAAAUAUGUCAGAAGGUUCAAGUGUUCAUAAUCAAAGUGAUCCUAAUCAAGAUGGUGGCUCUUCAAAAAGAAUAGCUAGAGUACGAUACGACUCGUUUAAGAAUAUUACAAUUGAUGAGACUGAAAUGAAGAAAAAUCAAAAGAAACCUGGAAAGAUUGCAUCUGUGCUUCUAUCUAUAUUUACCUGUAACAGAUGAUGAAAAGGUGUCAAUAACAAUCAAAUAAAGCCUCAAAAGAAGGUUAGGACAAGCUUAAAUAACUCUGAAAUCAAUAGCUUUAUUCAAAGCAGAGAUAAUGCUCGUCAAAGCAACCCCAAUAUUGGAAUUUUGAGUAUCAAUACUCAACAACAAACCCCCAACAUGGAAAAAUAGAGAACUAGAACGGCAAGGGUCAGUGAGUAGUGAAGAGGAAAAGAAAACAAACAAUGCUCCUCUUGAUCCAUUAAUCCAGGGAGAGUUUAAAAAAACUAAAAUGACUUUGAAGGAAAAAUAGACAAAAGAAAAUAGAAAAUAAUGAGAUUGACGAAGAAGAUGAGACUAAAGUAGAAAAUUCUUCAAAUAUUUGCCAAAACAAAGACUCUGAUAAAACAACUAAAGAUAAUAAAGGAAUAAAGCCUUCAAAGCUAGAGAGUAUGAACAGUGAUAAAUAAAGCUCCUAAUGAUACCCCUUUUCUAACUAAAAGACCUCAAGGAAAAUUAAAAACUAUUGAGGAGAGCAUGAAAAAUAUUCUCCAAAACAAUGAAAACGUAGAUGAAAGUGGGUCUAACAAUCACUCGUUUGGUAAAAUAAAGUUUCAGUCAGAAGGCAGAGAUUCUUUAUUAAAACUACAAGCUGCAGGACUGGGCGACCAUAUAGCACCAAGUCAUAAAUUCUAAUACUUAA